AUGUAUAUUUUUAGAUCUGGUGAAUUUUCCAGUGCUUGGAUGCCCUAUACGAAUUUUGUAGGAACCCGUCGAAUGAUUGUCAAUUUUGAUAAGACACAUUUAUCAAUGUCUAUUUUUCGACAUGCUAAUGCAAAAGAUACUCAAUUCUAUCGAAGUAAUUUAGAUGCGGUUGAUUUUAAUCGUGCCAAUCUACAAAAAGCGAAUUUUACCAAGACAAAUAUCACAAAAAGUCAAUUGCGAAGUGCUCUGUCCAUUCAGAACGCUCAAUUACCUGAUGAAACACUUGGUCGUGAUUUGAAUUUGAUUGAUAAUGGUCCUGCUACGUGUAAUAGUUCUCUUCUUGGCAAAUGGAAACUGAUCACGGGAAAAAUCGUUAGAAUGAUAUCAAAUAUUGAUAAUAAUUGCGUUUUUAUCUUACAAUCAUUUGAUAAUAAGGCUUUGAUGUUACAACAUAUCAAUUUAUCUCAAGUUUGGGAUUCUCAUUUAUGGCCAUAUUCUCAAGCAAUAUUGUUUAUACAGAUGACAAAUGGUGUAUCAAUUCAGUUAAGUGGAAUCAGUAAAAAUGGAAAAAUUAUUAAUCAACGCAACUUGAGUUUUAUUGAAGAAAAUAUUACCAUGAGAUUACAUAAUGAAAUGCAUAUACUUGAAAUUCUAGUGGAAUUCAAUAUCUAUUCGAAUAAAACACAAAUGAAUAAGAGUUGGUGUAAAGAUAUGGAAAUGUUCAUUGAUUAUGAUAUUGAAUCAGAAUUUUUACAAACUCCAAUACGUGGUACUCCUACUGAAAUAUAUCCUACUGCUCGAUGGCAACAGAAUGGUUCUAUUGUAGCUGGAGGAAAUGGUCGAAACAAUAGACUCGAUCAACUUUCUAAACCAUAUGGUUUAUACAUUGAUAAUGAUCAAACUGUAUAUAUUGCUGAUACAUCGAAUCAUCGUAUUGUAUCAUGGAAAUUAAAUGCAACUAUUGGUGAAUUGGUUGCUGGUGGGAUUUGA